AUGGGGGAGGCCAUCGGCACCUACAACCACCACCGCCACCACCACCACCACCACAGAGGGAACUACACUGUCCACCACCACAGCAGAAGCUCAAACUACAACAGUAAAGUGUCGGCGUGCCCUCUCCCGUCGUCAGGCUCAUCUGGGAUAGAAGCUGUCUGCUGUUCUGAUGGACAUCCAUCAGGACCAUUAGAGGAACCGAUGGAGAUGUCUUCUGGGACCAGACAUCUCCAGAUCCCCUUCACCAUGUGUCACUGCUUCAUCUAAAAUCAUCUUCUUCAUUUGAUUUUCAUUUCUUUUCAUCUAAAGUCAU